UCAUUUACUGCGGGCCUUCGAUUGUUUACAUUGACUUCCGACUUGACAACGAAUAAGUUGAAAAGCAAAAUGCCUAAAAAACCAAAAACAAGUGCAAAAAAGAGCGAGGAGUCCAUUGCAGAAGAAGACAAGAAGGAUGAAUCUUUGGCGCUGGAGACAGAAUCUUCACGCACGGAGGAACACACCGAGAUGACAAUUGAUCCUCCUAAAGAACCGUCACCAGAACCCAUUUACGAUGAACCUGUUCUCUCUGAACUGAUCAUUGAGACUUUUGAAGGCGAUAAAACAAGAGGAAUGUAUGAAGGAGAAGGCCACGCUCUGUUUACAGGAGGUCAUGCUUACAAGGGACAAUUUUGUGAAGGGCUGAUGCAUGGCCAAGGUCAAUAUACGUGGAGUGAUGGAGUGGAGUAUCAGGGAGAAUUUUUCCAAAACCAAGUGACAGGAAAAGGUGUCUACAAAUGGCCUGAUGGAAGUAUAUAUGAUGGUGAGGUUCUGAAUGGAAAGAGGCAUGGAAUUGGUACUUAUAGGUGUAAAAACAACAAGUUAUCUUACGCCGGGGAAUGGUCAUUGGGCAAACGACAUGGCAAGGGGAAAAUGGAUUAUGAUAGUGAGGGUAGGUCAUAUUAUGAUGGAGAUUGGAUCAACAAUGUCAAACACGGGUGGGGGACUCGUCAGUACCCUUCUGGGAACAUCUAUCAAGGGAUGUGGUUCAACAACAUUCGGCACGGAGAGGGAACCAUGAAAUGGUUGGAUCGGAAUCAGAUGUACACAGGAAACUGGGAGAAUGGAAUCCAGCAUGGAGUCGGCCAGCACAUUUGGAUGCUGAGGAGGGUUACAGGGUCCCAGUAUCCACUCAGAAACAUGUACGAUGGAGACUUUGUCAAUGGACUCAGGCAUGGAUUUGGUUCCUUUUAUUACGCCAAUGGGGCCAAGUACGAAGGGGGCUGGAAAGACAACAUGAAGCAUGGAAAGGGAAAGUUUGUUUUCAAAAAUGGAAGAAUAUAUGAGGGAAUGUUUGCCAAUGACCACAUUGUGGAGUAUCCAGAUUUUACUAUGGAUGGCACCACCACUCCUGACAUCAGUCAGAUUCGGACAAGAACUCCGUUGCCAUAUGACAAUCUGUCAGUCCAUAGUAAUGAGAGUAGAAACACCAUAGGUCCAAGCUUCCAACUGGACAUUGGCCACCUGCUAUCCAACUUCACAGAGACUGAUCAGGAAGAAGAGGCUAAUCAGGUUUUGUAUGUUGUGAUGAGACACAUCAGUGCUCUGAGAAAGAUCUACAAUUACUACAGUAACUUGGGGUAUGAUGAGAGUGCAGACAAUACAUUUGUGAUGAAUAAGAUGCAGUUUUGGAGAUUUUUAGUGGACUGUCAGUUCCACCAUUGUGAGACAACACUUAUGGAGAUGGACAGGCAACUUGGUCACAAUAAAGAGAAGUUUGAGCUGCACAAUCCUUAUGACAAAAUUCUUCUGAGGCAGUUCAUCAACAAUCUGAUUAUCCUGUCUUACCACAUGUACAAAGAGGAGGCAGAAGAAGAAUGUAAAGGACUUGUUUUGCAGUGGUGCAUGUCCAAGUUAAUUUCUGAUAAAAUCUUGCGACAUGCAUGCAAUGUAAAAGGACACUUCUACACUGAGCCAAGGCGAGCCAUCAAUGCACUGGUUCACUUAGAUCAAGGCUAUGAGAUCUACCAGUCACUCUGUACACCAAGAAAGAAAAGACCAUGUGACCCUGCCAUUAAAAUGAGGGAGUUCCUAUAUUUAAUGAAGGAUUUAAAAUUGAUAAACAAUGAUCUGACACCAAAGGCCAUCAUUGAUAUUCUGUCAACGGACGAUCCUAAUGUAGCAGAUGAGGAAGGUUGCUGUAACCUUGAACUUGAGAUGACUUUCCUGGAAUUUUUUGAGGCCCUGAUUGGUUGUGCUGAGGUGUUUGUGACAGAGGCAGUUGUGAAAGACCCCACGACUCCUCGCCCCAGCACUGUGCUGACCCCCGAACAAAGCAUGUUCUCAAUACCAGUGUCAAGGUCACGUCUUGAUAGCCAGGUUGGAAUGGAUGGGGCAGAGUCCCAGGGUGGGGUCUCUCCCAGGCAGAACACAGCCUCACCAGAAUCCCAGUCUCCAACCAGGGCGGUGUCGUCUGCUGAUGGAACCACCAAGACUGGCGAGCUUGCCAAACCACCAGAGGUACAUCAAUCAAUUUCAAAUGUGACCGGUGGUGGCGGAUCUAUCAGUGGUUGUGUCGAAGGUGGUACAACGAGCCGACACGAAUCCACCAAAGAUCUGGCGCCAGACGUACAGAAAAGUAACUCGUUUUAUAGUACUCACACUAACGCCACUGAGGAAGGCGGUCUGAUGCAAAGUUCCGUGUCUGUUGGUGGUCACACCACAGAGGGUCAGGACGUGGGAGAGGAUGAUGACGAGGGAACAAAAGGUGGUGUUGCCAUCGCUGAGCAGGAGGAGGAGGAGGAAGAGGAGUUAGACGAGGCCACGCGACAGUUCAACUUCUGGACCCACCAAGUUCACAUCUUUUUCGUUAGGAAAUUUUUUCCUGCUGCGGAGAAAUUUCUACAACUCCGCCAGCUGGUAGAGCGAAGGAACAUGGAGUUGUGUAAACAGAAGAUUGCGGAGACACCCAGUCGGAGGGAGAGUGCGAAGGUUAACUAGUGUUAACAGUCUGUGAUGAUGGGGGAACAGUCUAUUGUUUGUGUAUGAAAAUAUCAUUUUGAAUGUUUAAAAAAUAAACUCAUGAAAACAAA